AUGGUUCAGUGCAGGCGAGCGGGAGCUUCUGCGGGGCGCGGAGCUGGACUCGGGAGCGGCUGGCGAGCGCGGCGCGGACCGGGGCACCGGAGCCAGGCUGCGGAUAGCGAGCCGGGGCUGUGCGGCUGCAGUGCGAUGAAGCAGCGGCUCAGGGAGCGGAGGCAGGCGGUGUGGCGAGUCGAGCCGGCCCCGGGCCGGUGCUGCUGCUCGGGAGGCUGCUGAGGCGCGGCGGCGGGCGGAGCGCGGGGAGCGGAGAGCGGGGAGCCGGCCGAGCGGCGGAGUGGCCUCCCGGCUGCGCCCCCCUCCGGGGGGACCAUGCGGGCGGCCAAGUGGCUGACGGGGCUGCUGUACCCGCUCUCGCUCUUCAUCACCAGAUCCUGGGAAGCCCACUGGCACCCCAGACAAGAAGCGCUGGUGAGGACGCUGGCCUCCUACGAAGUCGUGACUCCCUCAAGGGUGAACGAGUUCGGCGAAGCGUUUCCCCCGAGCCGCCACUUUCGCCGGCGAAAGCGCAGAGCCAAGGCCCCGGAGCCUCCUCCGGCCAGGACCCACUACCGCAUCAGCGCCUACGGGCAGCUCUUCCUCCUGAACCUGAGCGCCGACGCCACCUUCCUGGCCGCGGGCUACGCCGAGGUGCACCUGGGGGCCCCCGCGCACCGCUGGCAGCCGGGCGAGGAGCCCCUGGACCUGCGCCACUGCUUCUACCGUGGCCGGGUCAACGCGCGGGAGGACCACACAGCUGUCUUCAGCCUCUGUGGAGGCCUGAUGGGCACAUUUAAAGCACAUGAUGGUGAGUAUUUCCUCGAACCUGUGAUGAAGGCAGAUGGGAGUGACCAUGAAGAUGAUGACUACAGCAAGCCGCAUCUCAUAUACAGACAGGAAUUAAAGAAGAGCUCUGCUCUGCAGCCUCACAAGCCUUGUGACACUUCAGAAAGUCAAGUAAAGAAAAUCACUUUACCUUUUCAUAACUACAGCAACAUGGAUGAAGAUAUUAAUUUAAAGAGGGAAACGGUUUCACGACUCUUGGCGAGAAAUGUCUCAUUAGAAGAUGAAAGAAGUCAGUUACAUUCCAGGAAAAAGCGUUUCCUAUCCUAUCCAAGAUAUGUGGAAGUCAUGGUUACAGCUGAUGCCAAAAUGGUCCAUCAUCAUGGUCACAAUUUGCAGCACUACGUGUUAACACUGAUGUCGAUUGUUGCAGCAAUCUACAAGGACUCAAGUAUUGGAAAUCUUAUAAACAUAGUCAUUGUAAAAUUGGUCGUCAUCCACAGUGAACAGGAAGGACCAGUCAUCAGUUUUAAUGCAGCUACCACACUACGCAGCUUUUGUUUAUGGCAACAAACUCAGAAUGUUCUGGAUGACGCUCACCCUUCACACCAUGAUACGGCUAUUCUGAUCACUAGGGAAGACAUUUGUGGAGCUAGAGAGAAAUGUGACACACUAGGUUUAGCAGAACUAGGUACCUUGUGUGAUCCUUCACGGAGCUGUUCUAUCAGUGAAGAGAACGGACUCAGUGCUGCCUUUACCAUCGCUCAUGAACUUGGGCAUGUGUUUAAUGUUCCUCAUGAUGAUAGUUUUAAAUGUAAAGAAUCUGGAAUCAAACACCAGUAUCAUGUAAUGGCUCCAACAUUAAAUUACCACACUAGCCCUUGGACCUGGUCAAAAUGUAGUCAGAAAUUUAUCACUGAAUUCCUUGACACUGGCCAUGGAGAGUGCCUCCUUGACAAACCAAAUGGAAGAAUAUAUGAUCUGUCUUUACAACUCCCUGGCCUGACGUAUGACGUCAAUAAGCAGUGUGAGCUUAUGUUUGGUCCUGGGUCACAAGUGUGUCCCUAUUUGAAACAAUGCAGGCGUCUCUGGUGCACGAGUGCAGAAGGUGUUCACAAGGGCUGUCGCACGCAACACAUGCCAUUGGCAGAUGGAACCAACUGUGGUCCUGGGAUGCAUUGCCACCAUGGGCUAUGUGUAAACAAAGAAAUGGAAACACGUCUUGUAGAUGGUGAAUGGGGACCGUGGGGACCUUACAGUUCUUGUUCAAGAACGUGCGGAGGUGGAAUCAAAAGCACGAGCAGGCUCUGUAAUCGUCCCGAGCCAAGAAACGGAGGCAAGUACUGUGUGGGCCGCAGGAUGAAAUUUCGGUCAUGUAACACUGAUUCCUGUCCAAAAGGCAAGCAAGACUUCCGCGAGAAGCAGUGCUCUGACUUUGAUGGUAAACACUUCAACAUCAAUGGGCUCUCCCCCAAUGUCAGGUGGCUUCCGAAGUACAGUGGGAUUGCCAUAAAAGACAGAUGCAAACUCUACUGCCGGGUUGCUGGAACCACUAACUUCUACCAGCUGAAGGACAAGGUUGCUGAUGGCACUCCUUGUGGGACUGAAACUAAUGACAUCUGUGUUCAAGGCUUGUGUCGGCAAGCUGGCUGUGAUCAUGUGUUAAACUCCAAGGCCCGGAGAGACAAGUGUGGAGUGUGUGGUGGGGAUGACUCUUCAUGCAGGACCGUGGCAGGUGUAUUCAACAGUGCUCGUUAUGGUUAUAAUGUCGUCGUCAAGAUUCCCACAGGAGCAACAAACAUCGAUAUUCUUCAGCACAGCUACUCUGGAAAGCCAGAAGAUGACAAUUACCUUGCAUUAUCAGACAUUCAAGGGAACUUUCUCUUGAAUGGAAAUUUUGUCGUAAGUAUGUCAAGAAAAGAAAUCAACAUACAAGGAGCCAUUUUUGAAUACAGCGGUUCAAACAGCUCAAUUGAAAGAAUCAAUAGCACUGACCGACUGGAAGACAAUCUUGUUUUGCAGGUUUUGUGUGUGGGGAACUUAUACAACCCCGAUGUACGUUACUCCUUCAAUAUCCCCGUGGAAGAGACAAACGACCAGUUCGUGUGGAAUCCUUACGGGCCAUGGCAAGACUGUACCAAAAUGUGUCAAGGUGUUCACAGAAGAAAAAUCACCUGCAUCCGUAAGAGUGACCACAUGGUGGUGUCCGAUCAAAGGUGCGAUCACUCGCCACUUCCACUGUUCGUGACGGAAAGGUGCAAUACAGACUGUGAGCUAAGGUGGCACAUCAUUGGCAAAAGUGAGUGUUCAGCCCAGUGUGGUCAAGGAUCUAGGUCCUUGGACAUCAAAUGCAUCAAGUAUUCGAUUCACAAAGGACAGACCACCCCAGUAGAUGACCGCUACUGUAGCGACCAGUUGAAGCCUGCUGCCCGGGAACCUUGCCAUGGUGACUGUAUCUUAGCGAGGUGGCAUUAUUCAGAUUGGUCCCAGUGUUCCAGGACUUGUGGAGGAGGGGAAAGAUCUCGCGAGUCUUACUGUAUGAAUAACUUUGGCCACCGUCUUGCUGACAGUGAAUGUCAAGAACUUGUCCAAGUGACGCUAGAGACAUGCAAUGACUUUUCCUGUCCCAGUUGGGCUACUAGUGAGUGGAGUGAGUGCCACGUUACAUGUGGAAAGGGAACAAAGCAGCGGCAGGUGUGGUGUCGCCUGAAUGAAGAUCAUCUGAGUGACGGCUUCUGUGACCUAAGCACCAAGCCUGAUUCUCUGAGAUCAUGUGAGCAGCAGCCAUGUGCUUCCUGGCAAGUCGGACCCUGGAGUUCUUGCACAGUCACAUGCGGACAUGGGUAUCAAGUCCGUGCUGUUAAGUGUGUCAGUGAGCAGUUUGGUGUAGUGUUGGAUGACAGAGUGUGCCAUGGAGCUGGUCGCCCAAAUGACAGGCAGGACUGUAUAGUUGCACCAUGCCCAGUUAUCCCUCCAGUUGGGGCUACUGCAUUAUCAGUUGUUCCCAAGGGAAAGAUGACACAGUGGCGACAUGGUUCUUGGACUCCAUGCUCCGUGUCUUGUGGAAGAGGUAGUCAGGCCCGCUAUGUCAGCUGCCGGGACGCGCUGGAUGAAAUAGCGGAUGAGUCCUAUUGUGCCCACCUACCCCGACCUGCUGAAACCUCAAGGUGCUUUAGCCCUUGUGGAGAGUGGCACACAGGCAACUGGUCACCUUGCUCAGCCUCGUGCGGCCAUGGAAAGACCACACGGCGGGUUCUCUGCGUCAGCUCCCAUCAGCCAGUUAAUGAGCAUUACUGUGACCCUGAAGCGCGGCCGGUGGUAGAGCAGGAAUGUGACCUGGCAGCCUGCCUUCCCACGUACAGCCACUUCCCAAGUUCCGUGGAGCGACCCAGCCAUUUUCCAGACAGGAAUUUUCCAUUAACUCACAAACCAGAAGAUAAUCAAAAUCAGGGAGCCCAUCCAUCCAUCAGAGGAAACCAAUGGAGAACAGGGCCAUGGGGCUCAUGUUCUGGCAGUUGUGGUGGAGGUCUUCAGCGGAGAGUUGUGGUCUGCCAGGAUGAGGAAGGACAAAGUGCCAGUGACUGUGAUGCCUCCUCCCAGCCCCCAGAGUUAAGGCGCUGUGAUCUGGGACCAUGUCCACAGUGGAGUUAUGGAAAUUGGGGAGAAUGCACUCGAACAUGUGGAGGAGGAAUAAAGUCGAGGUUCGUAAUUUGUCAGUUUCCCAAUGGCCAGGUGUCACAAGAGCAGAACUGCGAGAUCUUAAACAAGCCUCCCACUGUGACCCAGUGCCACACGCAUGCAUGCCCUGAAGAGGUGUCUUGGUAUCGGGGACCAUGGAAAUCGUGCUCUGCUUCCUGUGGAAGAGGCUUAAAGUACCGUGAGGUCCUCUGCAUUGACCAAGUCCAAAGGAAAAUAGAGGACAAGAACUGCGAUCUCCUAAGGAAACCUCGUACUCACAAAGCUUGUCGAUCGGCCAGAUGUCCUUCAUGGAAGGCCAAAGGAUGGCAGGAGUGCUCUGUGACCUGUGGCUCUGGAGUGCAGCAGAGGGAGGUGUACUGCAGACUGAGAGGUGUGGGUCCAGUAGAUGCAGACCUGUGUGACAGGGCCACCCGGCCAGAAUUUCAGAGGCAAUGCUGGCGUCAGGACUGCCUGCAGUACCAAUGGGUGGCAAGAGACUGGCCAGAUUGUCCCCUUGCGUGUGAGCAAACGGAGACCCUCCGGCAGGUGUGGUGUGUUGAUGCCCAGCACGUCCAGGUGAAAGAGAGUCUCUGUGACCCUUUAGCCAGACCUCUGUCAACGAAAAAGUGCAGAAACCCUGCCUGCAAGUACAUUGUGGUGACAGGAGACUCCUCGAAGUGUGCAGGUAACUGUGGGUUUCAUUACCGACAAAGGAUUACGUACUGCAUUGGAGUCCUAUCCACUGAGAAAUGGAAGCCCCGCCUGCUCUGGCCUGUGCACUAUGGAGAAUGUCCAGUGCUGCCCUCCCCUCAGGUCUACAAAUGCGAUUUCAGGAGCUGUCUGCACAUGGCCAUGUGGAAAGUUGGAAAAUGGAGCAAGUGCUCAGUGACUUGUGGAGUUGGGAUAAUGGAUAGAAGAGUUGAAUGCAUGACUGAAGAUGAUGUUUCCAGUGGCUUCUGUUUAAAGCACUUAAAACCUGAUGCUCAAAAGAAAUGUUAUGUCAAUAACUGCAAAACGUUUAUCAGCUGCAAGGAAAUGCAAGUGAAAAACAACAUUACCAAGGAUGGGGACUAUUACCUUCAUAUUAAGGGAAGGCUGAUAAAGAUCUACUGUGCAGACAUGCACUUGGGAAACCCCAAGGAAUAUAUAUCCUUGGUCAGAGGUGUAGAAGACAACUUUUCUGAAGUAUAUGGCUUAAGGCUACAAAAUCCAUAUGAGUGCCCUUUUAAUGGAAGUAGGAGGCAAGAUUGUGACUGUAGGAAAGACUAUUUGGCGGCGGGGUACACUGUGUUCAGCAAAAUCAGAAUUGAUCUCACAUCUAUGCAGAUCAAAACAACAGACCUUCUCUUUGCCCAGACACUCUUUGGAAAGGCAGUGCCCUUUGGCACAGCUGGAGAUUGCUACAGCGCUGCCAGAUGCCCACAGGGACAAUUCAGCAUUAACUUGGCAGGAACAGGACUGAAGAUCUCCAGUACAGCCAAGUGGCUUGCCCAAGGGAGUUAUGCCUCUGUCAUCAUACACAGAUCACAGGAUGGAACCAAAGUCUAUGGCAGAUGUGGCGGGUUCUGUGGAAAGUGUGUGCCUUACUUAACUGGCCUCCCGAUCCAAGUAAUCUGAACAUUCAAAAGAAGAGAUAGAAGAUAUUCUCUGGAACCACAGAUACUGGUGCUCAUUCCCCCCACCCCACCAUGUGUAAAACAUCGGUGCCAUUUUUUUAAAGGUGCUUUUCAUCAGGGAUUCAAAAUUAAAAAAAAAAAUUCAAGACUUCAAUAUAAAUGUAAUAGAUACCUAACUCUUGUCAGGAUGUUGUAAUGGGCAUAGCAAGAGAUAUAGUUAUGUUUGAAUACAUUUUACCAGGAUAUUGUUGCUAUUAAGUACUUGGACUGGUUCAGAUUUAUAUUACACCUAAAAAUACACAUGUGAAUCUUCACUGUGUCUUGUUGUACAACAAAGUAUCGAUUUUACUUCUUGUUAAAGUGGAACAAGUAGAAGUUAUGAAAAUGAACUUCGAGACUAUGAUUAUUGUUAUUGAAUCAUCAGGUGACUAGUAGUCAAGAGUCCCAUCAAAAGUACAUAGACAUUAUACUCUUUGCUGAUACAGUUUAGAAACCUUACUUUAUAUUUAUUUAAUUUUAAUUGUGAAAUGUGGUGCUUCGAAAGAUAGUCCCAGAAAUGUGGUACAAGAUUUGGAUUAAAAUUUAUGCUUGGAUUACAGAAGCCAGACCUUCUACCUUCUGUGGCCCCUAAAGAAUUUUGGACCAUACUUCUAGAGGGGUGAAUGUUUGGGCAAGAUGACCAGAGGGCUCUGGACUUAAACUUCAUCAGUACCUGGAGAGAGAAGGGGGGGAGGCAGGGAGGAAGGAAGAACACUAGAAGUAAUAGGUGUGACUUAGAAAGGAAGAGAAGGCUGGGUCAUAGAAAAAAAAUGGGCAAAUACAUAUAAAUAUAGAUAGUUACAGAAAUAAUAGUGAACCCAUAUUUGUGAUAUUGGGAGAGCUAUGCAGUUUCCAGUUGGGUGAAAGGGUACACAGAACUCUGGUAGGAAAGAUGUGGAACUAUACCCCUGUUAUCUUAUGAUUUUGUGAAUCAAUAUUAAAUCACUAAUAUAAAAUUUAUGCUUGGGUUAAACAUAAAUUGUUGUGGGUGUAAUACAGAAGAUAUUAUGUAACGGAAUUUCACCUGAGAUACCUACCUCUAAUUUGAUCAUGCUUAAAAGAUCAGUGUGUUGUUUUUAUAUUUAUAUUCUGUUAUGCCUUCAUGAUCCUUAUCUGCUCUUUGAAACUAUUUACUUGGUUUCCUAAUAUCUUUACUAGUCAAAUAGAGAACUGAGAAUUAUUGAAAAUUUGAAGUCUCUUUUAGGAUAGAGAGUUUUAUCUAACUAUCUAAAUGUGUGUGUUAGGUACGCUCAAGUGAUUUCAUAGCUGAAGUUUGUCAAACCAGAAUAUAAAAGACAAUCUAAAAUUAACAAGUCCUGGGAAAUUCCCAGGUAGUUAGGGAUUUUUUUUCAGGUGGAUAACUUGAUUGUAUGCUGUCUAACAUGAUUUUUGAAAGAAUAAUGGACAAAUCUUUUCUGUGACAAUCUACUCUAUCAACCCACAAAACUUGAAUCUACUGAUAGAAUUUUGUCAGUAAACAGUAAUGAGCUGGUUUUACCCACAAAGGGUUUUUUCCUCCCAAACAGUUAUUGCAGGUGUGUUGUCCCAUAUACAGUACGAAAGCAAUUUUAUGCUGUGUGAUUAGAUAAGCGUUUGAAGGUCUCUGUAUCAGAAAGGAAGUAUUUUGCACUAUGGGCCUUAAACUAGUUAGAAACAUUAAUAUGAAAUGUGUGAUUUUAUCUAGAAACAGUCUCAUUUAUAUUUAAAGUCUUAUAACCUAUAAACAUUUAAGUGAUAAAUAUAUUGUGUCAUAUAUUAGCAUUUUGGUUUCAUUGUUAUUACCUAUAAGAAAAGAAUCUUUCAUCCUGAAGCUUGUAAUUCUGAAAGCAUUUCACCCAGCCCUUCCCACAUUGAUGGAGGCUUUGGUGCUGUGUUCUCUUUCACACUCCAACUCUCUGCCU